AUGGAGAUGAGCAACCAAGCUAUACCCAAGCUUUUGGAACUUGCAGCCCACAGCCUACUAAGCAAUGAAGCCUCAGCUAUACCUUCACUGGAAGAGUUCACAGUGGACCUCUUCCCACCACUAUUCACUGCCGCUUUUGCCAAGGGGCACAAAAAGGCUCUGACGGCCUUGGUACAAGCCUGGCCCUUCCCCUUUCUCCGGCUAGGCUCUCUGAUAGUGCAGUGGCCCAACCAAGAAAAUGUGCAGGCUGUGCUGGAUGGGCUGGAGGCCUUCCCUACCCACAGGGCCUGUCUCAGGAGGUCGGAACUGAGGGUGCUGGAUUUGACUCUGGACUUUGAACAGGUCCAGAGAAAAGGGGUUUCUGAGGCCUUAGCCAAGUUUCCAUUUUGGUUACCAUCAACAGUCAAGGCACAGAUACCCCAGGCCAUGGCCAGGCGCAAGCCAGGAGAAGAUGUAAGAAAAGGACCAAAGCAGCCAUGGGAACCAGUGGAACUACACAUUGAUCUUUUCUUACGAGGACCCUUCAAAUUAGACACAUUUCUUUCAAGCCUCCUAACAAAAGUGGAACAGAGUGGUGGGUUUCUGCGCCUCUGCUGUAGGAAGCUGCAUAUUGAGGAAAUGCCUUUCAACAGCCUAAUAGGGAUCCUCAAGGCGCUGGAGCUGAACUUCAUCCAGGAGCUGGAGGUAUUCGACUGGUUCCGGGCACUAUCUGAGCAGAGACUAUUUGCCACACAGCUGGGGAGGAUCUGCACCCUGCACAGCCUCAAGCUGGCCUAUUACCACUGGUCCUUUUCUCCAGAUGGUGAGGGCUCCUCCAGCUACUUCCUCUCCCAGCUCAGCAAGCUGAGCCACCUCCGGAAGCUCCACUUGUCUUAUUCCUAUCUUUCAGGCAACUUACAGCAAGUACUCAGCUGCCUACAGGCCCCGCUGCAUGCCCUGGAGAUUCGCUCUUGCACGCUUCUGGACACUGACAUCAACUACUUGUCCCAGAGCCUUCAUGCCACCUCCCUGAAGAAGCUGGAUCUGAGUGGCAACAAUCUGUCCUACAUGGUCCCUGGGCCCUUAGACACACUGCUGGGGAAGAUCUCAGGCACCCUGCAGCACCUGGACUUGAAUCAUUGCCGGCUAAAGGACACACACCUCAAUGCCAUUCUUCCAGCCCUGUGCUGCUGCUCCCAGCUCAGCUCCCUAGGCCUAUCUGACAACCCCAUUUCUAAAGCUGGCCUUCUGAGCCUGCUCGAGCAUACAGCAGGGCUGAUGGAGCUGAAGCGGGUUCUCUACCCUAUCCCCAUUGAAUGCUGUGUGUACCUCCAUGGCCUCUCAUGGGGCCCUGUCAACAAAGGCAAGCUGUGCCAGGUUCAGGCUGAGAUGCAGAAGCUACUACAGACUGUGCAGCGGGCAGACAUGCAGUGGAACCCCCCACUGCCCUCACCCUUGCCUGUGAGGCUGGUGCAGCUGGACUGA